CCAAUGGCCUAUCUGAAAACUUUGCUUUUAGUAUUAACUUCAUUAAUUUUCAGUGUUAAUACUGCAUCAGCAGAUUGCUCUAAUGGACAAUGCAGGCUUCGAGAUAAAUGCUCUUCUGAUUCAGACUGCCAGGCGGGACUCUUUUGUUCAUCAUGUGCUUUAGAGUAUGAAGAUUCAAGAUGCGUUAGAUCAACAGCCACAGAUCCAUUUAAGCUGGUGAAUAACACUAUGCCAUUCAACAAAUAUGCAUUCUUGACAACCCACAAUUCUUUUGCCCGCACUGGAAAGCCGAGACUUGCAUUUCCGAACCAAGAAGAUAGCAUAAUCCAACAACUUAAUAAUGGCGUUCGAGCCUUGAUGUUGGACACAUAUGACUUUAAAGGGGACAUAUGGCUGUGUCACUCUUUCAAUGGAAAAUGCUUUGAAUUUAAUGCAUUUCAACCUGCUAGAGACGCUUUUAAUGAGAUAGAAGCCUUCUUGUCUGCAAAUCCAUCUCAGAUUGUGACACUGAUUUUAGAAGACUAUGUCGAAACCCCAAAUGGAUUAACCAAAGUUUUUAAUGAAUCGGGUUUGAUGAAAUACUGGUUUCCAGUUUCGAAGAUGCCUCAAAAUGGCCAAGAUUGGCCAUUAGUAAAAGACAUGGUUGCCAGUAAUCAAAGACUUCUUGUUUUCACUUCAAAGAAGUCUAAGCAAGACACCGAAGGCAUAGCUUAUCAGUGGAACUACAUGGUUGAAAAUCAGUAUGGGAAUGAUGGAACCGAACCCGGGGUUUGUAGCAACCGUGGAGAGUCAGCGAAGCUCGAUGACAAAACCAAGUCUCUGGUGUUAGUAAACCACUUCGGAUCAGCUCCAUUUAAGCAGCUAAGUUGCGUAGAAAAUUCAGAGGACUUGAUUGAUAUGCUUAACACAUGCUAUGGGCAGGCUGGAAAUCGGUGGGCGAACUUUGUUGCUGUGAACUAUUACAAAAGGAGCAGUGGAGGAGGUCCAUUCGAAGCUGUAGAUAGACUGAAUGGGAAGCUAUUGUGUGGCCGUGACAAUGUCCAUUCAUGUGUGCCAGGAUCAUCCUGAGGACCAUGAGGUGCUAAAGGAGAUGGGUUGCUUCAUGUAGUUGAAGCUAUAUUAGAAAGGGAGAAUACAAGCAACUCUAAAUGAACUGUUGAUUGGAAGUUCAAUUUACAGGAAAUUAGGGCAAGCAACCAUCAUGAAUACAAAUUUAUGUUAUUCAAGAACCAAUAUUAAUAUUGAUUCAUAAAGAUGCAACACAUUCUCUAUUUUUUAAUGCGUAUCCA